AUGAAUGUUUCCCAAUCUUCUUUUUCUUUACCAUCAAUUUUCUGCAAUAUCAGAAGGACCAGAUGGGAAGAUAAAGGAAGUGGGAAACAAUAUAAUAAUAAUGGUAACGGGUUUAUUGAAUUAAAAUUUACAGCAUAUAAAAGGCGGUUUCACUUAUUAUUAAGUCCUAUUAAUGAAUUUACAGGAGUAUUUUCUCAAGAUCAUAUCAUUGAUAUUAAUGGAAAUCCAGAUUAUGAAAUUAGAAAACCAAAAAAUUUUUUAUAUGAAGGAUAUUUAAAAGAUGAUCCACAUUCUCAUGUAUAUGGAUCAAUUUUUGAUGGUAUUUUUAAUGGGCAAAUUCAUGCAACAGAUGGAAAGACAUAUACAAUAGAAAAUGUUAAUAAAUAUUUUUCUAAAAAUAAUCUACCAAAGACAUAUCAUUCCAUUAUUUAUAAUGAUGAAAAUAUUAAUAAUAAUAUUAGAAAAGAAAGAAUGAUAAGAGAUACCUCUGAUAAUGGUAUUUAUUCUCAUUCAUGUGGUAUUGAUGAUGAAAUUGCUAAAGAAAUGAAAAAAAUUCAAGAAAGUAUUAUUCUUGAAGAUAUUCCAUCAUCAUAUCAACAAAAUACUAUUGAAGAUGAUGAUGAAGAAAUUCCAUAUUCAAUUGUAAUACCUUCUCAUGAUACAUUUUCAUAUUUUAUGAUGAAUAAUAAAACUAAACAUCGUCUUAGAAGACCAAAACGUAAUUUAAAUUUUAUUGAACAAGAUGAAAUUAAUAAUGAAAAAUUAUAUAGAGUUAGAACAUGUAGUAUUUAUCUUCAAGCUGAUCAUAAAUUAUAUGAACAUUUUUUUUAUAAAGAAGGAAAUAGAGAUCAUAUUAGAACACGUGAAAUAAUAAUUGAUUUAUUUUACAAUCAUAUAAAAGCUGUUAAUCAAAUAUAUGAAAGAACAAAUUUUAAUGGAAUAAAAGGUUUAAAUUUUGUUAUUCAACGAACAUCUAUUUAUUCACCAGAUACCUGUGAAAAUGGGCAACCGGUUAAAGGAUCAGAUAAUCCAUUUUGUGAAGAAAAUGUUGAUGUAUCAAAUUUUUUAAAUUUAAAUUCUAAAAAAAAUCAUUCUGCAUUUUGUUUAGCAUAUGCCUUAACAUAUAGAGAUUUUAUUGGUGGAACUCUUGGUCUUGCAUGGGUUGCUUCACCUAGUGCUAUAACAGCUGGUGGUAUAUGUCAAACAUAUCAAAGGUAUAAUGAAGGAUCAAGAGGUUGGGUAUAUAGAAGUUUAAAUACUGGUAUUGUUACACUUGUUAAUUAUGGUAACAGAGUUCCAGAAAGAGUAUCACAAUUAACAUUAGCUCAUGAAAUUGGGCAUAAUUUUGGAUCACCUCAUGAUUUUCCUAUUGAAUGUCAACCUGGAUUACCAGAUGGUAAUUUUUUAAUGUUUGCCUCUGCAACAUCAGGUGAUAAAAAGAAUAAUGAUCGAUUUUCUAAAUGUUCUAUACAAAAUAUAUCAAAUGUUCUUUUUGAAGUCCUAAGACAACCACCAAAUUCACAUUUUCAUCAUUCUACUUUUAUGUUAAAUGGAAAAAGAAAUUGUUUUCAGGAACGUACUUCUGCUUUUUGUGGUAAUCAAAUAAAAGAACCUGGUGAAGAAUGUGAUUGUGGUUUUUCUGAUACAGAAUGUCUUAUGAUGGCUGAUAAAUGUUGUACACCUCAUGAGGUAAAUGGUGUAAUUCAAGGUAUUGGAGCAUGUAAAAGAAAACCAGGUGUUAGAUGUUCACCAUCAGAGGGACAAUGUUGUGAGGCUAAAAAUUGUGAUUUUGUAUUAAGUUCAGAGAAAAGAAUUUGUAGAGAAGAAAAUGAUUGUCAAUAUAAACAAUUUUGUGAUGGUUUUUCAGCUUCAUGUCCUGAUAGUCUUAAUAAACCAAAUGGUUCACCAUGUCAAGAUUCAACUAAAGUAUGCCAAAAUGGAAAUUGUAAUGGAAGUAUUUGUGCUUAUGUUGGAUUAAAAGAUUGUUUCUUAACUGAAGGACCACCAGAUACAUUAUGUCAUUUGGCAUGUGAAAAAAAUGGAAAAUGUAUAAGUACAAUGGAUCUUGAUGAAUUUAGUAAUGGAAAGUUUGGACAAAAAGGUAGAGAAGGUUUAAAUGGUCUUCUUUUGCAUCCAGGUUCACCAUGUAAUAAUUAUAGAGGAUAUUGUGAUAUAUUUAGAAAAUGUCGUUCUGUUGAUUCUAAUGGACCAUUAGCAAGAUUAAGAAAUCUUGUUUUUAAUAAACAAACAAUUAAAACUAUUAGACAAUGGGUAAUUGAACAUUGGUAUUUUUGUAUCGGUUCAGGUUUUGUUUUAUUAAUAUUUAUGGCUUUAUUUGUUAAAUGUUGUGCUGUUCAUACACCUUCAACGAAUCCCAAUAAAUUACCUGCUCAGUCUUUCUAUGAUACACUUAGGCAUCCAGGAACACUUGUUAGAAGAAGACGAGGACCUACAAAUGGUGCAUAUUCAGUACAACCAACUUCUUCUAAUAAUCAACAACGAAGUAAUAAUCAAAAUCAAAGGCCUGUUGUGGCACCAGCAAAUAGGCAAAAACGUCAAAAAAAGCAAAGAACAGGUGGACCUUCUGUUGAAACAGCAGUUGGAAAUUCAAGAGGAAUUUCUGUACCCAGAAAUCCACCUAAUCCAUCAGCACCUCCAUUAAUUUCACCACCACCACAACCACCAUCCAAUCCAAAUAUAUCUUCAAAUAGAGAACGUAUUACAUCUUCAGGUGGACAACAUCCUCCUAAACCACCUCCUGUAGGAACAAUACCUUCAUCAGAACCACCACCACCUUAUACUGCAACAGCUGAACAAUCAUUACCUUUAUUUCAAACACCAAAAAAUGGUCCUCCAAUGGGAAGAAGAAAAAACAAAAAAUCAACUGGAGAUAUUAAAUAA